GUUCCAGAAGAAAAAGCACAACAUACAAACGAACAAAAAGCGCGCGAAAUACGUGGCAACGCUACAGGUCUCCGAAACAAGCCGCGACCACCAUGGCCACAAAAACGUGGCUCUACGCCGUCCUGAUCGGUGCCGCUGCAACCACCGCCCUGAGGUCCCUGCCAAAUCCGAUGCCAAGCGGCGAUAAAUUUCACAAAGCGUGCAAAAAUGUCUUCGAUUAUUUCUCAACGUGUGACGAUGCAGUAUGGGCCACCGAGACGUUCAAGAAGAACAGAAGGAAGUACAUUCCUCUAGUGCCGAGAAGCGUCUUCCCGCAAGCCGUGGCGGAUUGCCUAGAAAACUCGUUAUCCGUAUUUGAGUGGGAGAUAGUUUGCAGUGACGCAAUGACGCUUAGGAAGGCUUUGAAAUGCUAUGGGAGAACUAUGAUGAAAAUCACGCCUCCAGAUGGCAUGGAAGUUGUUCGCGAACUAGUCACCGUAUUCGAGGAGUGCAUGGACGGCAUCAUCAAUUCUUCGAUGACAACUACGAAGACACCCAUGGCAUAAACCAUGGCUCCGACCAUGGCACCAACCAUGGCACCAACAAAGAAAAAAUAACAAUGUCAGUAAUAAAGAUAUAGCGCAAAGU